CGCCAGUCUGUGCGCAGAGCGGGAGCCAGAAGCCGCGGAGACACCCGGCCAUGCACGCCCCCAACUAAGCGACGCCUCAAAGCCGCGGCUCUUGGCAGCCCAGCGCAUUGCAAGGGAGCUCAGGCUAGCUCAGAGGAACAUACCCCUUGAGACCCUCGGAUCCUCCCUUCCAGGGCAGUCCUCCCGCAGACGCUCUGCUAAGUGCAGACAGGAGCGCGCAGUGGCCCCGGCUCGCCGCAUCAUGGAGCGGAUCCCCAGCGCGCAACCACCUCCUACCUGCCUGCCCAAAGCGCCAGGACUGGAGCACGGAGACCUGUCAGGGAUGGAUUUUGCCCACAUGUACCAAGUGUACAAGUCCAGACGGGGGAUAAAACGGAGCGAGGACAGCAAGGAAACUUACAAAUUGCCGCAUCGGCUGAUUGAGAAAAAGAGACGUGACCGGAUUAACGAGUGCAUUGCCCAGUUGAAGGAUCUCCUACCCGAACACCUCAAACUUACAACUUUGGGUCACUUGGAGAAAGCAGUGGUCCUGGAGCUUACCUUGAAGCACGUAAAAGCAUUGACAAAUCUGAUUGAUCAGCAGCAACAAAAAAUCAUUGCCCUGCAGAGCGGAUUGCAAGCUGGUGAGCUGUCGGGAAGAAAUAUCGAAGCAGGACAAGAAAUGUUCUGCUCAGGUUUCCAGACUUGUGCCCGGGAGGUGCUUCAGUACCUGACCAAGCAUGAGAACACUCGGGACCUAAAGUCUUCCCAGCUGGUCACUCAUCUCCACCGCGUGGUCUCCGAGCUGCUGCAGGGUGGUACUUCCCGGAAACCAUCGGACUCGGCUCCCAAAGCCAUGGACUUCAAAGAGAAACCCAGCUUCCUGGCCAAGGGAUCAGAAGGGCCUGGGAAAAACUGUGUGCCAGUCAUCCAGCGGACUUUUGCCCCCUCGGGUGGGGAGCAGAGCGGAAGUGAUACGGACACAGACAGCGGUUACGGAGGUGAAUUGGAGAAGGGUGAUUUGCGCAGUGAGCAGUCCUACUUCAAAAGUGAUCACGGUCGCAGGUUCACCAUGGGAGAACGAGUCAGCACGAUUAAGCAAGAAUCUGAAGAGCCCCCCACCAAAAAGAGCCGAAUGCAGCUCUCAGAUGAGGAGGGCCACUUCACUGGCAGUGACCUGAUGGGUACCCCGUUUCUGGGCCCCCACCCACAUCAGCCUCCCUUUUGCCUGCCCUUCUAUCUCAUCCCGCCUUCGGCAACUGCCUACCUGCCUAUGCUGGAGAAAUGCUGGUACCCCACCUCUGUACCAUUAUUAUACCCAGGCCUCAAUACCUCUGCAGCAGCCCUCUCCAGCUUCAUGAACCCAGACAAGAUCCCGACUCCCUUGCUCCUGCCCCAGAGACUCCCUUCUCCCUUGGCACAUUCGUCCCUUGACUCUUCGGCCUUGCUCCAGGCUCUGAAGCAGAUCCCCCCUUUAAACUUAGAAACCAAAGACUAAACUCUGGAAAGAGAUCUGCUGCUGCUUUGCUUUCCUUCCUCCCUGAUUCCAAAACCACAAAGGUCGGCCCUCCAUGCAGACCCACGUAGGAGAUUCAGAGAGAGAGAGAGAGAGAGAGAGAGAGAGAGAGAGAGAGAGAGAGAGAGAGAGAGAGAGAGAGAGAGAGAGAGAGAGAGAGAGAGUGUGUGUGUGUAUAGGACGUUAAGUUCCUUCUGACACAGGGAAGACACGAAAAGGAUGACCUCACAUCAGAUGACAGGGCUGUGGCAGUUCUCUGGGCUUUUCCCUACCCAGAGAAGAGCCCCCUUUGAUACAAAUCAGUUGGAUCUUCACAGGCUUUGAAAGGCUUGAUCUCUGAGUCACUCUUUAGUUGGGGAGCUGGGUCUCUCUGUGGCUUUGAGAGAAGGUGCUUUCAAAAGAGGGCUUUCCAGAGCACAGCUCCCAGCCAGCUGUUAGGACCCCACCCUUCUCCCUUUAUUGUCGAGGUGACUCACGGCAGACUGACAGCGGUCAGACGGAGGAGCUCUCAGCUAAGGUGGUGAGGUAGCUGACACUGGCAUGUCACGGUAGUGGUUUGGGCAAAUUUCUGCAGGUCUCCUCCCCCACCCCCGCCUCUGAUGAAUAAAGACAAUGAAUGCAGUUCCCUAA